CCGUUGGCGUUGCGCAGGCUGAUCUCGUCGCACCACGAGUGGAUCAACCAGAUGGAGAUGUCGGUGACGCAGUUCGGCUUCGUGGCGCUGGCCGUGACGUACCCGGAGCGCUUCGGCGCGGGCGGGGCGUCGGACGAGGAGCUGGACGCCUUCGUGCACCUGUGGCGGGUGCUGGGCCACCUGCUGGGCGUAGAGGAUCGCUUCAACUUCUGCGCCGGCGGGCUGGACGCCGUGCGCAAGCGCUCCAAGGCCCUGGUGCGACGCUUCCUGGCGCCCGCGCUGGCGCAGGUCGACGCCUCCUGGGAGCACAUGACGCGCUGCGUUGUCGAGGGCGUCAGCUACUACGUCGGCGGGAUGACGUACGAGGUGGCGCUGCUGUACCUGUGCGAGACGGUGGACGUACCGGCGCCGCGCGUGCUGCGCACGCUGAGCGCCCAGCAGCGGCGCGUGCACCGCGUGGCGGCGUUCCUGCUGCGCUGGGCGCUGCGCGUGGCGCCGCUGCGCGCGCUCUUCAACUGGCUGCUGGAGCUGGGCAUCAAGCGCGCGCUCGCCGCCUCGCCCGAGUGGCUGCGCCGCCGCGAGGCGCGCGUCUACGACUACGAGCGCGGCCACCGCCCCGCCGCCCACGCCGCCCAUGCCGCCCACGCCCACCACCCGCCGACAGUGUCAUUAAAAAUUCUUCUACGUGCUGAACUUCGCUCAGGUGCAAGAAGUUGCUCUCAUCUAAUCAUGAUCCUGCUGUGCAGCAGAUUGGAUAAGUGGUUGAAAGAGCCACAUUGACUGGAUGAACACCAGAGAAUGCAGUCAGAGCCCUGAGAGUGCAAGGACCAAACAACACUCCUCUUACCAUCAUCCUGAUUGCAAUGGUAGCGAGUGGUUCUUCUUUGUGAUUCAAUGAAGUUCCAACUUGUCCAACAAUAUUGUGAACCAUACUAUGCAACAUUUUAGUAGUUGGAUCCAUCACUGAGGAUAUGAGUUGCUUAUAAGUUGCGUAGGUUGUCAACACAUACUUAAAUGAACAGUUGCCUCAAGACUGGUUAUGAUUUGGCAAAGUUCUUUGUCAACAACAAAUGUCAUCAGUGUAGACAACUGGGACUGCUCAUUAGAUUAAUGUAUCUCUUGUAGUACUUGCCAUAUAAAUUGCAAAGUCCAAUUUUUACAGGCAGUUAUAAUAGUUAUCCAGCUAUGCUCAUGACUACCUCGCGAAUAUUUGUUAAAUUGACUCUGUACUCAUUUAAUAAAUGUUCAUGCCGAU